AUGGGUUGUCAUCAACAAACGGUUCUUGACUUUUAUUCUUCGUCAAAACCAAAACCAGUUCCCAGCCAAUUGAAAUCACGUGUCAUACAAGCAUGCACAGAAUUUUGUGCACUCGAUGGUCGAGCAUUCGAUAUUAGUCGAAAUGUUACUCGUCUUUAUGAAGAAUAUAAAUUACAUUUAGUGAACAUAUGUGAACAACUGAACAGUUUUUGUUUAGUGAUCGUUCAAAGGACAGAAAGUUAUACCGGUACUAGCUAUUGCGGUAUUGCGCUUCGAUAUGUGGAUGAUAAUUUUCAAUUAUUUACUUUCAUUCUUGGUUGCUUUCCAUAUGAGGCAGAGAGUCAUUCUGCACCACAUCUUCGAGAAUUUAUUAUUAAAAAAUUAGAAGAAUUUAAAUUAAAAUUAGAUUUAACCAAAUAUGUAGUCAGUGAUAAUGAACCAAAAAUGAUUGCAACUUUUCGUGAUCAUUGUAUUCGUGUGGGAUGCGCUGAUCAUUAUCUCAACAAACAACUUCAAUAUGCUUUCGAGUCACAACAAUUACAUGUUAAUAAAAAUGUUGUUGAAAAAGUUAAUUGUGAUAUUGUUCAAAAUUUGUUUAAUCAAAUUAAAAAAGUUGUUUGUCACAUACGACGUUCACACCAACAACAAAGUUUAUCAAAAAAGGUUGUCUCUUAUAGUGAAACUCGAUUUAACGGUGCUUUAAUGAUGAUGAAUAGUUUUCAAGAACUUUUUUUUGAAUUACCAUCAGCUUUAGUUAAUAGCAAUUUUAUGAAGAAUUACAACUUGAUUGAAAAAGAUUUACUCGAUUGUGUCUGCAAGUUUCUGGAAC